AUACGGGCAAAAUUUAUAGUCUAUUUUUGUCUCUAGUCUUUAUUAACCUGUCAAGAAUUUAAGAUAAUGAGAUAAAAAAUAUGAAUUAUAUCAAUAAUUAAGGUAAAUUAAAGACAAAAAACUUUUCAUUAAUUCGUCCAUCACUAUCGGUUGGUGGUUUCUGUGUGUGUGUGUGUGUGCAUAAGAUGACAGAACGAAUGGUUGCUGUAUGUUUUGUUUAUAUUAAUAGAAAAAAAAACUCGAAGCAUUUCUGAUUUGUGAAAAACAGCUGCUGCUGCCAGCUACACCGGAUUUUCAUGAAUUUCUAGUCUGGCUUGUUUGUUCUCUCUUGCGUUGUCUUUCGAUUUAUUUUUUUUUGUUGUUCAUUUUUUUCUUGUUAUUCGUUUGUGUCAUCAUCGUCAUCAUCGUAAUCAUCAUUUGAUAUUGUAUUUGUCAGCUGGAACAAGAAUUUUGAAAUAAUAAUGGUUAAUAAUAAUAACAACAACAACGCCAAUAAUAAUAAUAAUAAUAAUAAUAAAAUUCAAAUGCAAGAAUUAUUAUCGAAAAUUCAAAAAGUUUCCAAUAAUGAGGAAUUUGAAUCAUUAUAUGAACAGAUAUUUGAAUUAUUGGAUGAGAGUAAACACAAAACUCAUGAACGUCAUUUUAAAGAAAGUUUCGUUGAAAAAUUAGUGGAUCUUUAUCUACAAUCAUUUUCGGAUCGUGUAUUUAAAAUUCUUGUGGGAAUUUCAACACCAUUGGACGAGUGUCUGUUUAAUAUUUUGAUGAAAAAAAUUACCGUUCAAUGUAUUGUUGAAAAACGGUUUGCUGUUUUUAUUCUCAUUUCCAACAUUGUUCAUCGGUCACCAUCAUGGCUACCGAGCAUUAUCAACAUGCCUUUAUUGAAUUGUUUUUUCAACAUUUUAAAGAAUGAUCGAGAAAUAGUUAUACUUGCGAUAUCUGCAUUGAUUCUGGUGGAAUUGCUUGCAGCAUUACCUUGUUUAAUGGCACAAUGUCUUGAAGAUAUAUUCGUUUGUUUUUCACGUUUAUCGACAUUUCUUUAUAAAGGAAUGUCGUCGUUUCAACAUGCUGCUAGCAACAAGAAUGGUUCAACCGAUAGAAAAAAUCUAUCAUUCCUCAAUUUGAAUUCUAUUGUCUAUCGUGUCUUCAUUCGGCUGUAUGCAAUAUAUCCUUGUAAUUUUCUUGAAUAUCUUAAAACUACUUAUGGAAUGGGUUGCAGUAAAGAGAAUAGUGCUGUAUUUCGACAGAUUAUUCAGCCAAUGUUGAAUAAGAUUCGUUUCCAUCCAUUUCUUAUAACUGCAUCAAAAGAUCGUGAAUGUGACAAAACUCGUUGGUUUUAUAAAGAACCUCAUGAUAUAUUGGAAGAAUGUGGACAAUAUUCCAUUGAUCCAAUUGAAUCAUCAUCAUAUUUUGUUGAAGAUGUUUCACAAUUUUACGAAUUUCCAUCCAAACAAGAUGAUGAUGAUGACGAUGAUGAUGAAAUAACCGGUAACCACCACCACCAUCAACAACAAGAACCAUUCUAUCCAAUGGAUCAAUCGAAUGCUAUUUUCUCUGAACUUAGUGAAGCAAUCAACAACAACGAAAGGGAACAAAAUUUAUCAUCACUUAGUUCAUUGAAACAUAGUACUCAUUUGGUAAUAACGAACAAAACAGAUUCGGAUAAUCUUGAAUCGGCACAAGAAGCAAUAGAUAUGAGCCAGAAAAUUGUCUCGUCAUCGACAUUUAUUGAUGGUGAACACCAACAACUACCAUCUGCAAUGAAUAGUGAAAAAAAGAAUCUUGUCAAACCUGUAGCAAUAUCGGCCAAUGCAGCAAAAGCAUCGUUGAAUUCUAUGCAGAAGAAAAAUAUCAAUAAAAAACAGCCCUGUUUUUCACCUUUCGAGCCAAUCAAAGAAAUUGGUAAUGUUGCUGUUGCUGCUGCUGUUCAAACAAAUAAUUUGAAACAAAAUGAUCUGAUGACAUCUUCUUCGAAACAAUCAUCACCGAUCGAUAAUCAUUUAUUUAACUCAACUCAACGUAAUCACUAUAAUUUGAUCGAUCAUCACAGCGCUGAAAAUGAUGAUGUUGAUAUUGAAAUAAUAAGUUAUAAUCUAGAAAAUGGAAACAGUACCAAAUUGCCCAUUAGCAAUACAAAAAAUCAAACUCAAACCAAAUCCAACAAUCGUAAUGAAUUCACUUCAUUCGACGACGAUGAUAAAUGUACACCCAGUAAUGAUGAUGAUAAUGGUAAGAAUCAAAUUCAUGAUUGUAUUGCAAUUGGCAAAUUGAAUGAUGAAUUGAUUGCGAAUGUUAAAUCAUCAUUCAAACAAUUGAAUACUCGUAUUCGUUAUCAAAGUAAUUGUCAAGCGGAAACGGGUCGAUAUGAUGAUGAUGAUGAUUUUGGAUACAGUAAAUCAUGUCCUAUGCUUUAUUUUGAAAAUGUCGAUGAUUCAUUCGAAAUCAUAAAAGAUGGUCCAAAUAUUAAAGAUAAACAAAAUGUAAUACAAUACAGCAAUACUAGCCAAGAAACGAGACGAAAAUAUUCGCUGGAAAAAUCUCAACGUGUUAAUCUAAUAUUGGAUGAUCCGAAUGCCGGAUUGAAACAAACGUCAACAUCUGUGGCGAAUAAAACAUGUAAAUCUGUAGAUUUUACAAAAGAAACAAAAUCAUUGUCAUCUGCAAAAAAUGUUAAUUUCAAUCGAUUGUUGCAUGAAUCGAAACGACAUCUAUUUCUAUCAUCAUCAUCAUCGAUUGAUUUUCAGACACCAGCCAAAUUGGAAUUUAGUUCGCCACAUGAACUAUUGGAUAGAACAUUAUCAACAUUGAGUGAAUUUUAUCUUAAAGAUUCAUCAACAGCAAAUGAACCAUGUCAUCUUUCAGCCGAUGAUCCACAUGAAGAUUCUAAUCAGACAAGUCGUCGUGAUUCAAUAUUGAACACAAAUUCAAGUGCAAGUAGUAGUGUUGAACAUAUACCAUCAUUGAAUUAUUUGAAUUCCAACCCAAAUGAAGAAGACAUGAGAAAAAUUCUUGCCAUUAUGUAUGCACAACUGGUUUUCGAACGUCAUCAACGAAAUAUGCAUGUUAUUCGAAAUCGACGUCUGUAUAAAAAAUCCAAAGAAUGUAUCCAAUUGGAAGAGCAAUUUAAAUCGAUGCAAGCUCAAGUCAAAUCACUUAUGAAAGAAAUUGAAUUGAUGAAAUCCAAUUCUGAACGUAAUUCAUUGAAAUUUGAAAAGGAAAGACGAUUAUACGAUAACGAGAUUGGGAAGCUGCAGCAAACUUUGAAUAAAUAUAAAAAUGAUUAUGAAGAAUUAUUGAAUGAAAAAACAAGUUUAGAGCUUCAUUAUCGGUUAGAGAUCGAUGGUUUGAACAAAAAUUUCCGCUCCAAAGAAGUGGAGUUGAAUAGAUUUCUUUGUAAUUUUGAUAAAAAUGUUGAUCUAAUGAAAUUGGAACAAGAGAAUCUGGAGCUGAAAAAUCGAAUGUUUUUAUUGGGUGAAUUUUGUGGCAAAAUCAGAAGUGCUUAUUCCCAUAUGAAAUCUGCACCAGAAAUAAACGAUAAAUUUAUCUAUGAAGCAUUACGAUUCGAGAAUGAAGAUCUACAAAAACGAAAUACGGAUCUUGGUUCACAAUUGAAAUUCUUCAUGGAAAAAUGUCAAACAUUGGAAAAUCAAAUCAAACAAAUUGAACCGAUGCACAAGAAAAAAAUUGCUGCCGAAGAAUUGGAAUUUAUACGAGAAUGUCUAAAGGUUAAAGAGAAUGAGAACGAUGUUCUAAAAACGUUGGUAGUCAACUAUGAGGCUCAUAUCAAAAAAUUGAACGGUGAAAUGAUUGCGUUGAAAUUAUCACCCGAUAAUAAUGUAAUAUCAAAAUGAUCCGGUUCGGUGUUCGGAAGUUUUGCAAUCCAAUCGAUCGAUUGAGAUGACAAUUGGGCUAGUCAUACAUACACCACACACGUACCGAAACUAUUGUAUAACAAUCGACGAAGCCACACGAAAUGAUUCUUUUUUCCAUCCUUUUAACAAAAAAACUGACGAUCAUCGAAGCGUUAAAAGUUAUUUUUUCUUGUAUCAUGAUCGUAUCAAUGAAUGAUGAAUGAAAACAAUAAAUAAAAAAGAAAUUAAAAAA